ACGAUGUGCUCCUGCACACAGCCCCCAGGGAACCGAGUCUGAAAAAUUUUUUACUAUGGGAUUUUUCACCAUCAACCAAAUAAGGCACUAAUCAAAGCUGAUUUAUAGAUAUUUACAGUUAAGAUGGCCUCAGUUAUUGUUGUGGAUAACGAGUUGAAAGACUCGGUCAAAGAGUAUGCACAAAUCAUUGACGGACUUAAUCAAAACCAAGAAUUUUCCGAGUCUUUAACACCAUUAUUAGGAGAUGAUGAACAAAUUAAAGAUGGAAAAUUAUUAAUUGAAAAGAUUUAUGAAGUAUCCCUGAAUUCAACUUUAAGUAAAUUAAGUGAUAGAGAAUUUGAACCUACAUUUUAUCUUUUAAUUCAUAUUUUAUCUGAACUUUCAGGUGAAUCAAUUUCCGUAUUAGAUGAUGAAAAUUCUCCAAUUAUAAAAUUAUUAUUAGAAUUAAAUCCUCAAAGGCAACCAUUAUUAAGAGAUAGAAAAUCAGUUAAAUCAACAACUAUUUUAUCAGUAUUAACUAAUAUCUUUAAUUUAAUUCCAGAAACUUCUACUAGAAGAAUUUUUAUAAUUAAUCAAAUCUUAUCGAUUGUUAAAAAUGCUAAUCUCGAAUUUAAUUUAAUCGAAGAAAAUAUUGGUAAUAACUUAAUUAAUUGGUUAACCAAAGCUCAAGCUUCUGAAUCAGAUAUUAAAUCAAUCUUUUGGAAUUUUAUUUCUUUAGAUUCAGAAUAUUCUUUAAAAUCUUUACAAUUCAUUAAAUCAUUUACUUUACAAUUCCCAUUAUCAAUUCAAGAAUUACAUAAUUUAAUUAAAUUUGCAUUAUCUUCUCCUAUAGUUGAUGUUUCAUUUUUAAUUACUAAUAAUGUCGCACAAGCUUUACAUGCUAAUGCUCAAGAUUCUUUAGCUUUAAUCUUUAAUAAAUUUGUUCAAGGUGAAUUAGUUAAAUUAUCUGAAUCAAUUGAAGAUUUAUCAAUUGAGUUGAUUAAUGAAAAAUCCAGAAUUUUAGCAUUAGCUAAAUUUUUUAGUGAAAAAUCUCAAUUACCAGAUCAUGAUUCAAUAGUAUUUAAAUAUGAUGAAAUUCCUAGUGAAUUAAUUUCUAAUGUUGAAGAUUUUGAACUUUUAUUAGUUAAUUCAAUUAAAGCUAAUGUUAUUGAAGGUAAAUUAAAUCAAUUAGAAAGUACAUUUUAUUUAACUAGAGUUAAUAGAUUUGUUAUUGCAGGUAAUGAACAAACCAAUACAUCUAAUUGGAAUGAAGUUAGACAAGUUUUAUAUGAAUGGAAGAAUUCUUUAACUAACAUUAAUGAAAUUGUUAAAUCUACUAGAGAAAAUAUUGUUAAUAACGGUUCUGCUUAAAGUUAUUAAUUACUUUGUAUAAUAUUAAUAUAAGUAU